GCGGGCACCGAGUCGUCUGGCAAGACUGCGGGCAUCGAGUCAACUGGCAAGACUGCGGGCACCGAGUCGUCUGGCAAGACUGCGGGCACCGAGUCGUCUGGCAAGACUGCGGGCACCGAGUCGUCUGGCAAGACUGCGGGCACCGAGUCGUCAGGCAAGACUGCGGGCACCAAGUCGUCUGGCGGAACAGCGGGCACCCGAGUCGUCUGGCAAGACAGUGGGCUCCGAGUCAACAGGGGCACGACAGUGGGCACCGGGUCAUCAGGUAUCGGAUUGUCUGGCUCGACAGCGGGCAUCGGGUCACCAGGCAUCAGGUCAUUUGGCUUGCCAGCGGGCACCGCGUCAUCUGGCAAGGCAGUGGGCACCGGGUCACCAGGUAUGACAGCGGGCUCUGAGUCAAUUGGCACGACAGCGGGCACUGGAUCAGGUACCGGAUCAUCUGGAUCAACAGCGGGCAUCGAGUCAACUGGC